AUGGCACCGAUCGGGGGGCCCAGAGUCAAGAAGGUGAGGAAACUGAAGCUCAGAGUCAGCAGACUAGUUCAGGCUCAUAGAUCGGAUCCAGGUGGAGCAGCCCACCUGCAGCCACAGCUCUUCUACUCAACUGUCCCAGAGUGCGUUCCUCUCAUGUUUGAGGAAGAGCGGUUGUCUGAACCUCCCAAGCCCUGUACUGGCCUGAAACCGGUCUCGGACGCAGCGGGGAUGGAGGAUGGGGGUGUGCUGAGCGGAGGCACGUGCGUGUGGUGGGGAGGAGAGGAGACGAAACACAAUGAGGAAGGGCGUGAACUUGGGUGCGGAGCAUCUCCAAACUCCUUAAAGCACGCCACCUGUGCCAGGCUUUCCCUGUUCUAUUCCCUGCUGGCCUCUGCUCUUUGCAACACCAAGAUUUUCAUAUGCGAGUCCAUGCUAAUAUGGGCCUGGGAGUUAAAUGUUAGCGGGAGUCUACUCAAGUUUUCUGAAAUACUAUCAGGCACAGAUGAUUUUCACAAAACUGGAGAUGUGAGACCAUUGUACCCACCUUUCCUACAACUGGGAACUGCUUUUAGGAAGAAUAAAAGGAACGUGAUUUUUCUUUCUAUUCUUCAGGGCCUUUUGGAACGUCUGGAUAGUGGGGAGGUUGUGGUUGGAGAUGGCAGCUAUCUCCUAACUCUGGAGAAGAGGGGCUAUGUGAAGGCUGGGCUCUGGGCUCCAGAAGCCGUAGUAGAGCAUCCGAAUGCAGUUUGUCAGCUUCACAUGGAAUUCUUGAGGGCGGGAUCAGAUGUCAUGCAGACUUUCACCUUUUCUGCCAGUGAGGACAAUAUGGAAAGCCAGUGGGAAGCUGUAAACACCGCUGCCUGUGACCUCGCCAGAGAAGUAGCUGACAAAGGGGAUGCUUUGGUAGCAGGGGGGAUCUGCCAGACAUCAUUGUACGCACACCACAAGGAUGAAGUUAGAAUUAAAAAGCUUUUUCAACUACAGCUAGAGACUUUUGCCAGGAAAAAUGUAGAUUUCUUGAUUGCAGAGUAUUUUGAACAUGCUGUAGAAGCUGUGUGGGCUGUAGAAGUCUUAAAAGAAUCUGGAAAGCCUGUGGCAGCCACUGUGUGCAUAGGCCCAGAGGGAGACAUGCACGGUGUAACACCUGGAGAAUGUGCUGUGAAGCUGAUGAAGGCAGGGGCUUCAGUUGUUGAUGUGAACUGCUAAUUUGGGCCCUGGACCAGCCUGGAGACGAUGAGCCUCAUGGAGGAAGCCCUCCAGGCUGCAGGGCUGAAAGAACACUUGAUGGUGCAGUCCCUGGGAUUCCACAUGCCUGACUGUGGCAACAGAGGGUUUCUGGAUAUCCCUGAAUAUCCCUUUGCGCUGGAGCCCAGAGUUGCAACCAGAUGGGAUAUUCAAAAGUACACCAGAGAAGCCUACAGCCCGGGGGUCAGGUACAUAGGUGGGUGCUGUGGCUUUGAGCUCUAUCACAUCAGAGCGAUUGCAGAGGAGCUGGCCCCGGAGAGAGGAUUUUUGCCACCAGCUUCAGAAAAACAUGGCAGCUGGGGAAGUGGUCUCAAUAUGCAUACCAAACCCUGGAUUAGAGCCAGACCUAGAAGGGAGUAUUGGGAGAAUAUGUGGCCGGCUUCUGGUAGACCUCUCUGUCCUUCAUUGUCAAAGCCAGAUGCCUGAGGAAUAAUGAGAGAAAAUACUGAAACAGCAGAACGGAAAGAAAUCCCCCUCAAGCCCCAUCUGGAGCCCUUCCGUGCCUCUAUCCUCAGCCCACCCUGAU